AUGACAAGUAAAAGCUUGCUAAAGACGAUCGUUUUACCACCCUCUUCUGGAGGUCAAGCCACAGCUACAUUGAUCUUUGCACAUGGUUUAGGUGAUACAGGUGCAGGAUGGUACGAUGUCGCUCAAAUGCUCUCUAGAAGGCCAGCUUUGAAGCAUGUUCGAUUCAUCUUGCCCAAUUCUCCCGUUCAACCUGUUUCGCUCAACAUGGGUAUGAAGAUGCCUUCUUGGUUCGAUAUCACAUCACUUGACGACGUUUCAGGAUCCGAAGAUGAAGCAGGACUACGACAAAGCGCUGAUUCGAUCAAAGCAUUGGUCGAUGCAGAAGUAGAUGGAUCAGGUUCAGGUCUGGACGGGAAAGGUAUUCCAUCAGAUCGUGUAGUCGUUGGCGGUUUCAGUCAAGGUGGUGCAGUUUCUCUUUUGGCCGGCUUAACACAUUCUCCACCCGUUGCUGGAAUCAUUGCUUUGAGCACUUGGUUACCUUUACGUGCAAAACUUAUUGCUCCCUACCUGGCCAAAGAUGCUGAUCAAGUUCCCGUCUUUAUGGGUCAUGGAACGGCUGACCCUGUCGUUCGACAUGAAUUCGGUUCAAGAAGUGCGAAAUUCUUACGAGCUGGUGAUGGAGGAGUCUGGUCUGAAGAUUAUCCGGGAAUGCCUCAUAGUGCAUGCCCAGAAGAAAUUGAACAUGUUGGUGAAUUUUUGGAAAAGAUUGUGCCAGCACAGUAG